GUGGAGGGGGGCGGAGCGCCUCCACCGGGGACAGUCCCGUUAAGAAGAGCGCCAGCACGGACGGACAUUUUCAUCCUGGGUCGAAACAAAUACAGAAAAAUAAAAAGAAGACGAAGAAGAGGAGCAGAAUAAAAUUGACCAGUCGUUCUUGUUUGAGGUCAAAGUUCAACAGUCACCAUGGCAGACGAAUCAGACAUGCGCAAUGAGCUGGCUGAUCUGCAGACCCGUGCAGACCAAGUGGCCGAUGAGUCUCUGGAGAGCACUCGGCGUAUGCUGGCUCUGGUCGAGGAGAGUAAAGAUGCCGGCAUCAGGACUCUGGUCAUGUUGGACGAGCAGGGAGAACAACUGGAGCGCAUCGAGGAGGGGAUGGACCAAAUCAAUAAGGACAUGAAGGAUGCAGAAAAGAAUUUGAACAAUCUAGGACAGUUCUGUGGUCUAUGUUCAUGUCCCUGUAACAAGAUUAAGGGCGGUGGCCAGGCCUGGGGAGCAAACCAGGAUGGAGUGGUGAACAGCCAGCCGGGGGCUCGAGUGAUGGACGAACGUGAACAGAUGGCCAUCAGCGGGGGCUUCAUCCGCAGGGUAACAGACGACGCCCGGGAGAACGAGAUGGAUGAGAACCUGGAGCAAGUGGGCGGAAUCAUUGGCAAUCUGCGCCACAUGGCCCUGGACAUGGGCCAAGAGAUCGACACCCAGAACCGCCAAGUGGACAGGAUCAUGGAGAAGGCCGAUUCCAACAAGACCAGGAUCGACGAGGCCAACCAGCGCGCUACAAAGAUGUUGGGCAGUGGCUAAACUUCAGCCGGAGAAACAAAAAGUGCUUUCUUCCCUGUUCAACCCCAAUCAUCCAAGAAAACUACACCAACUAAACUACCCUCCCCCACCUCCCCCAACACCCAUUCCCCAAACACCGACGCCCACUUCCAAUGCUCGACAGCAGGCGCUGCUGCUCAUGCUUUUAUUGUGAUAGAGGUUUGCACACAUGCACAUAUCAUUCUUUCCUCUGCCUGCCCCCCCCCCUCCCCCCUUCCGCCCCUCGGUUACGCCCAUCACUUCCCUCUCCUUGUUGUAAAUGUCGUUCUGUGUUGUCGCUCUUAUGACAUUUUGUUAACAAAAGAUAGUUCUGUUACACAUCAUCCACUCAAAGAGUCUCCACGCUGUACAUAGCGCUUCCUAAAUGGCUUCAUCAACUUAAAGCACAUGUUUCAUUCAUUUCUCUUUUCUUUUUUAAGUCAGUGUGUAAUAUAAACUGUUUGUGCACCUUGUUCUAACAUGUUCGUCCCCCAUCAUGUCAGUGUCCAAUGUAAGACGCGUUGUGUGUUCAUCAGUUAGGAUGUUGUGAUGCUACAUGAUAAGGCCAUAGUGAAUAUAGUGAACAUGCAGCCCUUACAGUUCGUAGCCAAGGCCACUGUUUGAAUAAGUCAUUUAAUGUUGACGUGCAGUCGUUCUGGUGAAGGCGUUGCUUUUAUUUUCCGUUCCUGACCAUCAAUGAACCAACUCUUAGAUGGAGCAGUAUUACCGCAAUUCGAUGCCAUUGAUUGUUUAGUAUUAAACGUUUUCCUCAGGGAGCGAAAUCUCACCAUUCUCAAGCGAGGGUUGAUUAUUGAACUGAUUUGUUGUAAUCCAUAAAAUCUCUAUCAUAAGCGAAUAUUUUGCAUUCAGUUUUGGUCUAAACAGCACAGUCAAUGGGACUCUCGUUACACCUUUAGAAAAAACAUUCGGGCAUUAACCAUAAUAGUUAACAUUGUGAUCGAUGAUAAGAACAGGUGGAGCUUUGCUGAAGGUCACAUGUUCAACAGCAAGGCAAUUCAACUGCAAAGUUUACAUGGGAGGUCCCAACCUCUCUGCAUCCCAGGACGGACUACUUUACCCAUGACUCGACCCCCAGCAGUAUCAAGCAGUGCAUUUAGUGUGUUAUGCAUGUCCAUCCGCUGCGACAAGACAUUUAACUAUUCAUUUAUUCAGACUGAAAUAUCUUGACAUGGCAACCGCAUGCUACACGGAAGAGAGGCUCAUAUUUAUCUGCAGUAGUGUCACUCUUUGUUUCAUGUCUCUUGAACUUUUUCUGAACUGUGACCAUCAUUGAAAAAAAUAAUACCUUGGAAAAUGCAAAUAAAAUUAUCAUAACUGUAGAACCAAA